CUAUCGUACUAUGUAGUACGGCAGACUAGUGCAACUCCACUGAGGAUGUAUAGCGCUUUUUACUAUAUUUAGUACACACUAUUUAGUAGAGUAGUAUGAUGUUUCCUAUGCAGCCAUGAUGGUACAUGCUCGUAUACCUGAACACUUCACUGCGUAAAUGCAGCUUACUGACAGAAUUCUCAUCACACCUUUACUAUAACCAUGAAACUGAAAGAACUGGAGAGUUGCCUUCAGCAAGUGGAUGGGUUCGAGGAACCAAAGAUCCUCCUUGAACAGUAUCCCACCAGCCCACAUAUAGCAGGUUGCAUGCUCUACACCAUCCACAACACAUUCGAUGACAUUGAGAAUAAACUGGUUGCUGAUCUGGGUUGUGGAUGUGGAGUGCUCAGUAUAGGAGCUGCUGUCUUGGAUGCUGGACUGUGUGUAGGAUUUGACAUUGACAGUGAUGCGCUAGACAUCUUCAAACAAAAUGUGGAGGAAUUUGAACUGCCUAACAUUGACAUGGUCCAGUGUGACAUCUGCUCUAUUGGAUCGUUAUACACAAAGAAAUUUGACACAGUGAUCAUGAAUCCUCCGUUUGGCACAAAACACAAUCAGGGUAUAGAUAUGCAGUUCCUGAAGACAGCCAUUUCUAUGUCAAGUGGAGCAGUUUAUUCUCUUCAUAAAACUUCUACACGAGAUCACAUACAGAAGAAAGCGAGUGACUGGAAAGUGAAAAUGGAAGUAAUCGCAGAACUUCGGUAUGAUCUACCAGCAUCGUAUAAGUUUCACAAAAAGAAAUCAGUUGAUAUCCAGGUGGACUUCAUUCGAUUUACCCCUACGUGAAACUUGAUCUGAAAUCUUCAUUUUUUUUUUUUUAUACAACUUUAUCUUAAUAUAAGAACCAUUCUUUGAAGUUCCUCUGAUUUCCCUCUAGAUGGCAGUGAUGGAUUUGACUUUGCAGCUCUGGUACUUAAAAAGGAUUUUUAUUUUUUUUUUUUGAAUGUACAAUAAUGAUAAGAACAAUGGCAAUUUUAUAUAAAAUUACAUACUAACACAUAUAAAUGCACUACGUAUGAAUUUGAUAUGAGCAUAGUAAAAUAAAUGUGUGUAAAAUC